AUGGCUUCCAAUUUCUCCAUAGAGCCGGUAAUGCGGUUUGUAGGCGAUAGCCAACCUGUUAAGCGGCCCAAGGAGUUUGCGUGCUUCUCUUAUGAUGAGAAUCAUGAAUAUCGCCCUGACGAUUCAUCCAUAAAAUACUAUUAUCCCCCUCAGCUUGGCGCGGAUUUGUCUCUUGGAUUCGAUACUUUUGUGAAGCAUGACGAUUCCAAAGCUGAACAUCUCGACAGCUUGCUGAAAGCCAUCGUUUCACAUGAGCAAGAAACUGGAAGCAAGAUAGAUGCGAAUAUAGUCACAUGGAGAGGCAUGAUGACCAAGAUAUUGGCUGCGCCGUUUGAACGAUUUGACGGUAGUUUUGAAAUGAAUGCCACUUUCUUUAUUGAAGAAAAUCAUGAGCAUAAGAUGCUCUCAAGGCAAAACGAAGACCGUGGGAAGCCUAGAAGGGGACCACCUCUUGAUGUGAUGCAGUUUUGGGGAUAUAAAUUCGAGACACUAUCUACACUUCCAUCUACAUGGGCUGAGACAUCAAGAGAUUUUAUUGAAAGCCGUGAGAGCCAAGUUGUCAAUAACAAAGAACAGUACUGUUCCAUCGUCCGAACAGGUAUCGGCAAGGCUAUCCUCUGUCUAGGAGGCGAAGUCGACGCAAUAUGGGACUCCAAGCCCCAAGAAAAAGGAAGCCCCAUCAACUGGGUCGAGCUCAAAACUACGGCCGAGAUCCGCCACGGCGGCGACAUAGAAAACUUCCACCGGAAGCUCAUGAAGUAUUGGAUCCAGUCCUUCCUGUUAGGCGUCCCAAAGAUCAUCGUCGGCUUCCGCACACGUGACGGCAUCCUCGUAGAUAUAAAGGAGAUUGAGACGCACAAUAUCCCGCAGACGGUAAAUGCGCGACCGAACCCAGCCUGGAAUGCGGAUAUUUGCGUCAACUUUGCAGCUGCUUUCUUAGAGUGGCUCAUGCAGACGGUCAACGAUGAAGGCGUCUGGAGAAUAUCCCGACGAGCCAAUUCGCCCAUUAUUGAAGUAUAUAAAGCAGAAGAAACAGGCCAUGGCAAUAUCCUGACAGAUGAGUUUAAAAACUGGAGGAUCAAAUUUGGGCUUAAUUCAACGGAGUCAUGA